AUGUCAUCGCCGCACGAGAACCGGACCAGAAAGACCGCCGCCUGGGAAUGCUCCAAAAUCGAUUUCAAGAGCUUUACAGGGAGUGGCGCAGACAGCCAGGCAGUUCAAGAUCUCAUGACAUCCCUGGAGAUUUCCAAAUAUUGUGGCAAGUACAAAGGCGAUCCCAAGGCUGAGGCGGCCCAGAAUCCCACUUGCCUUGCUUUUUGGGCAGGCAUGGAGGCCCACAUGCAGCUCCAGAGGGAGGGAGUGAAGCCCGUGUUCAACAACAUGAUGGUUGUGAAUUGGUUUGCGAACGAGCCGGGUCACUACCCCUCCUGGGGAAGCACGGAUGAUAUCACCGUGACCUAUGCGAAGGGUGAAGCCAAGACUGUGACGGUCAAGGACAACAAUGCAGUCACGGGCUACGCCUUCUGUGACAUCGUGCAUACCAUCUUGAGGCAGAACUUCGAUCAGGCGCAGCGUGGACAAUGCGCCCCAACGGCGGUGCUGAUGGCGCUCAGCAAUGUGAAUCCGGCCAAGGCCAUCAAGAUCGGGCUCGAGUUAUUCUGGACAGGGACUUUUCAUGGCGUUCCACCCCAGUUCGAUCAGUGCCACUACAUUUACGACGACAUGCCGCCGGGUGUCGUGCCUUUUGAUGUGGGCCAACCUGGGACGGAAGGCUCCGGAAGCAAGCCCUUGCCGAUGCCAUGCCUCGGCAACGCAAACGACUGCGAACAGAGCACCGGCGCACCCAACACAAAUGCCGGCUUGCAAGGCAUGUGGGCAAUUAAGAUGACGGCUCUCCGGGAUUUUGCAACCGCGAAGAGCUGCGAUGCGUGCGCUCGGAAAGCUUGGGUCACCUAUCCAGGCAUGAGCCCCGAGCACCAAGCGUUGAUCAGCGACGGCUGGUUUUUUGGGCCCCUGAGGCAGAUGAUGGAGAUCCUCUUUCAGGCACCAGUACGGCUGGACAAUAUGCCGAACAGGGCAGACCAACGGUUCAUGAAGGAGACAAUGGAUUUGAUCUGCAGCAUGAAGGGAGGUGCAGUGGUGGGGAUUGCCUCUUCGGUUCUGAAGAUGGUGAACAUCGCGCUGCACAAAGUUGGAGCAGGCAGCCGGGAACGGCCGUGGCGUUCAAGAGACUGGUCUUGGAGGUGUGGGGAGAACCAGUGGAGCAGCACUUCAGACCAUGCGGCUUACAUUGAUUCCUGCGACGGGGACAUCGUAUCAAUCUGGACAUGGUCGGGACGCCUCUUCAUCGAUCGUGAGACUUUGCUUACCUGGGGAUCGGACACCAAGAAUGGCCUACCAUGUCCCGGCGAGUCUGGACCCGUAAGCAGUGCUCUUUUCGAGUUCAUUGAGGUGCCACAUCCCGGUUCCGAUUAA